GUGUGUGUGAGCGUGUGUGUGAGUGUUGGAGCAGCAGCACGGAUCCGGACGGUCUGGUUUAAACCUCCUGAUUAUCUGAAGAUGGGGAAAGUAGAGGGAGGAAUGAAAUGUGUGAAGUAUUUACUCUUCAUCUUUAACUUCAUCUUCUGGCUGAUGGGGUCGCUGGUUCUAGCCAUCGGUUUGUGGUUGCGGUUGGAAAGCAGAACCGUUUCUCUACUGGAUGCCGACGCAGCACCAGUGACCUUCUACAUCGGGGUGUACAUCCUGAUCGCUGCGGGGGGGCUGAUGAUGCUCGUCGGCUUUUUUGGAUGCUGUGGAGCAGCGAGAGAGUCUCAGUGUCUCCUCACACUGUUCUUUGUUUGUCUCCUGAUCAUAUUUGGAGCUGAAGUUGCUGCUGGAGUUUUUGGGUUCCUGAAUAAAGACACGAUUGUUGCUGAUAUUCAGAGGUUUUAUAAAGACUCAGUUGAAGACACUAACAGCACGGAUAUCGUCACCAGCUUCCACAAAGUGUUAAACUGCUGUGGUUCUGCAGCUACAAAAAACACCCAGUGUGUGGAUCAGCGUACCAAGGACUGUGAGGAAGCGAUUGAAGAUUUUUUCUCCACUAAACUCUUUAUUAUUGGAUACGUGGGUGUGGGAAUCGCUGGAGUCAUGAUUAUUGGGAUGAUCUUCAGCAUGGUUCUGUGCUGCGCCGUCCGUAACAGUCGAGAGGUCGUCUAACACCCCCAGCACCCCCAACAACCCCCCUCGCCCCCCGAAUCUAAUCCUGGACCUCCAGAUUCUCCAGACGCAACAAAAGCUUUAAGAUCAACAACGUUCUGUUUACACCGUUCACAUGGACCAAUCAGGAGCUGCAGAUUAGGUCACAUGACUGGGUGUGUUAGUCUUUUACUUUACCUGCUGGUUGGGUUUGGUUGUUAUUUAUAUUCGAGUGUUUUGAUUAGAAUGGAUGUUUAUGUGUCGGUAUCGUGAGGAUAAAUCAUCUGUACAGUCAAAAUCACACAAACGUGUUUAUUCAUUAUUAAUUAUUAAUAUUUCUGUACCGCUCAGUAUCAGAUCAUCACCGGGGUGAUCAGUGAUUAUGUUUGUGACACCACACCCCGCCCCCCUGUUCUUAUUUAAUAAUAAAAGCUAAUAAAUGAAUUUAAUGAUGACGGUUUGUACGUUAGAGUUUCUGCUCUACAGAAACAUUUAUUUAUGAAUCCUGAAUUAAAAUCGUCUCACUAAAGCUGAACGACUGCCUGACACGCUGUAAUCCAACACUGUUCUGGUUAUAAAACGUUUUGGUAAAUGCUGCUGCGCCGGCACCCCCGUUUUAACUAAACCAGUGCAAAGAAUUCUGGGAAAUGUAGUAUUCAGGAUCUUCCGAAUUGUGUGACUCUCUGUGCGCGAUACGGAUCUCCGUAUGAACCCACUAAAUUUAGAGGAAAUUUUGGUAUUUAUUAUUUGGACGUGUAUUAUUUUAUUAUUUUAAUGUGUGAAAUAUGUGUUUUUGAAUCAUGUGCCAGUUUUCAUUUAAACUAAACACAUAAAUGUAAAUAAUGUGUGUGUGUGUGUGUGUGUGUGUGUGUGUGCUAUGCUGAAGGUUUUAUUUAUAUGAUAAAUAUGAGGAGGAUUUUUUGGGAUUAUUUAAAGAGGAGCAGUGUUCAGUUUGUACGUGUUUAUGAAACUGCAUGAAUAUUAAAGACUGCAUGAUGACGUUCGUUCUUAUAUUCAGUGUAAUAAAUAAUAACAUGGUAAUAAAUGUAGUAAAUGUUUUGUGUGUGGAGCUGAAAUAUUCGUGUUUCUCAGGAAGGAAAAUUAAACAGAACAAAUAAAACCGAAAUAUUUUA